UUCUUUAUCAGUUGCAAUUGCAAAAAUAUUAUCAAAAUUUUGAAAAAAAUUGCAAAAACUCACUCAAAUAGUUGAUUAUUAAAAUAAAAUGCGAUAUUAAAAUGGCAUUAUUUCUAACCGAAACUCAUAAGGAGCAUUUGAACUUCCUCUGCCAGCACCAACCGGACACUUUGAGAAAAUUCGGCGGCGCAGCCAUCGAAUAUAUAAGUAAAGGCCCAGAUGGCAAAGAUUACACCAAAGUUGCUAAACGCUUCGACGUACCGGUUGAACGAAUUAAAAACUCGCUUGAAAGUUUAGCCUACAUAAUCAUCGAAUGCAGCAAGCUCGACAUUCAAACAGACGAAUUCGUGAAUAUCUUCCACGCUGCUGGAUUCACCGAUGACCAGAGCAGCUCGCUUAUCGAACCGUACCUCGAGAAUAAGAAAAUCAUCGCUGAUAUCUUUCAAAAAACCGACUCCCUUUCGUAUUUCUACGAUCUGCAAUGGCGUUUUGAAUCCAAAAUUAGUUCGAGAGCUCUUCUAAAUCAAGUCACGCCUUUGGUAACCAUGAAUCUCAAAUUGAGCGAUUCCUCUUCGGCCGUUACCUCUGAAAAAACCACUAGUCAUUUACUUCAAACCGAUCCCAGUACUUUGGUUCAUUUAACCGAAACGUUGGAGAAAGCUUUACAAGAAUCUCGACCUCAUAAUAUACGUAAAAUUCAACGUAAAAUAAAAAAAAUAACCAUACAAGAUUCGUAAAAUAAUAUGUGAUAUUUUUUUCAUACAUUAUAUCGUAUCAUCAUCUUUCCGUAUAGUACGUAAUAGUUAUAGUAAAAAUCUUUUGGUACUGUGAUUCGAGAUGUACUCGUAUUUUUAUUUAUCUGUGAUCCAUAUUGUUCGAAUAUGUACUUUGAACUAUGUACAAAAUAUAUAGCAUUAUUAUUAUUAUUACUAUUAUUCGUUAUAGAUGAUGUAUUAUUGUAGAUAGGUAAUGUAGGUUUUUUUUUGUUUGAAAAUUGUAUAAAAUUAUAAAUAUAUGUAAAUGAAUUAUUA